AUGAUUCCAUCAACCGAGGGCCCUCUUGCACAAAACCACAGUCCACCGUCGUCUUAUUUUCUAUAUUUUCAUACCUGCAACCCUCCAGAAUAUGAUUCUCAACCUGCUCAGGACACUGGAAGGCUACACCGGCUGGGUUUGGGACGCAAAACUCUCUCCAAAUGGGAGACCGGCGGUGUCGUCUCUAAUGAUAUGAUCAACAGACUAUGGCAGACUAGUGGCAUCUGCUUCCAAAGACACCACAAUCAGGCUUUGGAAUGUUGCCACUGGCUGUUGAUGCAAAGUUUUGAAAGGCCAUUCUGGCUAAGCUGUCCCCAGAUGGGAAAUUAG